GACGCCUCCUUAUCCCCGAGGAGGGGGCCGAUGUCGCGGUGCGCGCCCCGUCUAUCGCCCGACGGGGAGGGCAGCUCUAACCCGCAGCGUGUGGGGGCCCUCCAACUGGGCUAAACGUCAGCAAGACGCCUCCUUAUCCCCGAGGAGGGGGCCGAUAUCGCGGUGCGCGCCCCGUCUAUCGCCCGACGGGGAGGGCAGCUCUAACCCGCAGCGUGUGGGGGCCCUCCAACUGGGCUAAACGUCAGCAAGACGCCUCCUUAUCCCCGAGGAGGGGGCCGAUAUCGCGGUGCGCGCCCCGUCUAUCGCCCGACGGGGAGGGCAGCUCUAACCCGCAGCGUGUGGGGCCCCUCCAACUGGGCUAAACGUCAGCAAGACGCCUCCUUAUCCCCGAGGAGGGGGCCGAUAUCGCGGUGCGCGCCCCGUCUAUCGCCCGACGGGGAGGGCAGCUCUAACCCGCAGCGUGUGGGGGCCCUCCAACUGGGCUAAACGUCAGCAAGACGCCUCCUUAUCCCCGAGGAGGGGGCCGAUAUCGCGGUGCGCGCCCCGUCUAUCGCCCGACGGGGAGGGCAGCUCUAACCGGCAGCUACUUGGACGCGGCCUAUCCAUACGUCGAGGUAGCCUGAGCCAACGUCCGGACCUUCCCACAAGCCGCCCCUGCAACCCCAGUAGACAACAUACCCGUCAGCCCGACGCUACCAUUUACUGCAACCUGGAAUCACGGUUUCGCACUGUCAACAUUUGCAACAACGGCUGCGCAUCAAGAGAACCACAAAAGCACAUUCCCUCAGCCCUAAUCACACACGCUCCUCAUGCAAUCCACCAACCACCCAAACAACUCGAUGCCACAUUCUAGGUUGGCCGGAUAUGGUGUGUUCAAUUCCGCAGCCUAUGGGCGUCGCCCAUAUGCGUUGCCUAGCUGUCACGGCAAGGUCACAACCCAAGCUAGGCAUUGUAAAUAUCCUGGUAUUUGCCCGGGAUAGGUGCCACAGUGCUCAAGCAAAAUUAGGUUCGUCCGUUUGGUCCUAACACGUAUCACGCGUUUAUGUCCGCCAGGCUCCGACCGCUCACUGUCCAUCCAGGUAGAAUCACCUUUUCGCUCGCAAUACAUAAUGCCGCACUCUCACAACGCUGUGACGUUAUACCCAACAGAUGCUCCGAGGUCCUGCAGCUGUCCGGUGCCGGCCGAGCCGGCUGUAAGAGCAGAAACAAUAGCAGCAGCAGCCAUGGAGGCGGCGGCAUCUAGCAGCACUUCCGCUCCGGCCCAGCAGCAGCAGCAGCAGCAGCAGGCGGGGCCAGAGAGGCAAACGGUGCCCCCCACGCUGGUGAUGAGUCGCAGACGGGCGGUGGGGCUACUGGCUGCUGCACUGCUGACGGGGCCGCUGCUGUCGUCAUAUGUAGAUACGGCAUCUGCAUCACCACAGCCACCGGUGUCCGUGGCGAGCGACGGAGGCCUCCCUCCGAAGCCGGAGCUGGGGGCCGCUGAGGGGGCUGAGGAGGUCUUCUGCUACGUGGUUCCGGAGCCUUUGGACGAGCGGAAGGUGGUUGAGGGGGCCCUAUUGCCUGGCUCCUCCGCCGCAGCGGGGGGUUACUACAGUUCUCUGGCCGCUGCGGUGGCUGCAUGUCCCGAGGGGGCUGUGGUGCUCGUGGCGGCGGGAAGAUACCGCGAGAGGCUGGUGCUGUCGCGGCCGAUUACUGUGAGGACCUGGCCCAAGGGAGCCCGAGUGGAGGUGGUUUGGGAGACUUCGGAGCCGUACCAAAGUACGGUAGAGGUCAGCGCACCCACAGCGGGUCCCGCCUCCGGAGACGGGGGGCCGGGUCGCGGUGGACGGUCCUCCGGCGGGCAGAGGGGGGCGGAGGGGGUUGUCCUGGAGGGCCUUACGAUACGGCACUCGUCCAAGUCGGUGGCCAACAACUUCGGUGUGUUCAUUCGGGGCGGUUCCCCCCGGCUGCUGGAUUGUGAUAUCAGCAGCGCCACCGGAGCGGGAGUGGGGGUGGAAGGGGCGAGCCCGCAGGCAAGUACGGCGAUAAUGGAUUGCCGUAUUCAUGACUGUGCCCGCCAAGGCAUCGCAAUUUUUGGGGGAUUGCCUGUGGAAUUCGACCUGGAUCCCGCCAUUGAUCCGGGGCUACUGUACGGCAUGACGGGCGGUACCGUGCAGGGCUGUGACGUGUACGGCAACUCCCUUGACGGAGUACUGGUUCGCAGUGGGGCCUCUCCCGAUCUGCUGGACAACCUGAUCCACAACAACGGCGGCUUUGGGGUCAACCUGCAGGACUGCGCUGGACGGUACGAACGCAACAUGGUGUACGACAACGCACGUGGUUCUCUGGCGGUCAGCUCGUUGUUCGAGUUGGACCCGGGGGACCUGGCGGGGAGCAACAGUCUGAGGGGCCUUAUGCGGCGCCUGUGAGCUUUUUGGGGCCGGCUUUUGGAUCCGCCGCAAGGUUAAUUGGUGGUCAAAAUGUGUAAAAAUGAUUAAUACAGGAUGCG